AUGGGAGUAAAAUUAACGUUGCCAUCAAAAAAACUCCCAUGUAGUAGUGUAUUCGAAAUACUUAGUAAUGAUGUUAUACUAGAAUUGUUCGAUUAUUUUUCUUCAAAUGAAAUAUAUCUAUCAUUUGGUAAUUUAAAUAAUCGUCUCGAUAGUUUGAUUGAUAAUUAUCCACAACAUGUCAAUUUUCAAUUCAAUGGAAUUAUUCCUCAUUAUAUUCGUUCAUUAAAAAUAACAAGCAGAAGUCAAGUACCUUUGUUUUUUACUCUUCAAUCUUCACAACUGUCAACUAUUCGAAGAUUAACUAUUGGUAAUCUACAAAUACAACAGUUACUCGAUAUUUUUAAUAUUCUACAACUACAACAACUUGAAUAUAUUUAUUUAGGCGCAUGUUGA